CACUCACCAUGGCCACAGACUGUCCAGAACUCACCACCAGCGGACGGCGUUGCGUGUAGCAAUGGCGCAAUCUACUAAGAGAAAGCGCACUCAGACCAGAACGAAGCCGAACAAACGACCCAAAUACGUCGAUUCCAACAAGAGCGAAGCGAGCGGCGACGACAAUUCCAAGCUUUGGGAGGCAGAGUGUAUUCUCGAAGAACGCAUUGUCAAAGGAGUCAAGAAAUACCAUAUUAAAUGGAAAGGCACCGACCCGAGCACUGGAAGAGCGUGGCCAACUACUUGGGAGCCCGAAGAGAACGCGAACGACGAACUGGUGGCAGAUUGGCUGCAACAACAGAAAGCGCAGAAAUCAGGUGGUAGCAGAGGUCGCCCAAAACAACGGGCAGAGGCAGAGGCACAGACACAGACAUCAAGGCGCAUUCGCAACUCGCGGGUCAUUGAUAGUAGUCCAGAGUCCACCACCCGCUCUUCGUCCACUUCGAAGCCAUACACUUUGGAGCCCCCCACAUGUCCCCAUAAUAGAGCUGUCUUGGGAAACCCAUCUAGCGCUACGAAUUCGCUUGUUGGUAUUGCAGCGGCCCCUGGACCAGUCUUGUGGGUUUCACCUCGCAUACGUAUACGUCGACGUAGACAGAGUCUAGAGCGAGACGAAUUCGAGCGCGUCUCUCAAAUACCUUUAUCACAACCUCCUUCUACACAAGAACCUACACAGACGCACAGUCAAGAAACCGACCUCGACAGUUCACAGCUCAUUUCUGCAAGGCCAGAACCAUACUCAUCCGGUAUCGUUCCGGACUCGCAGAGCUCUACUGGUGAAGCUAGCUUUAUACCCAUCACACAACAAACAGAAGACACCAACCAGCAGAGUACUGGCUCUAGCAGAGUGCUGGAAGAAGAGAACGGUCUUGCAGACGGCUCGGGGCUUCUUGAAAUCGUCCAAGGAGCGGCGUUGCAGGUCAUCUCACCCACGAGGUCAAUUCCAGAAACUAUAGCAGACACAACAGUUGUAGACUCACAGAGUCAGCAUCAAAGAGUUGCAGAUCCGGGUGCGAUUGAACUUGUGCAAAGCCUGUCACAAGCUGGACAAGCGACAGCUCGAAAUCACGUGGAAUCUGAAACUGUCCAAGAGACCCAUACCGGUGCUUCGCUUUCUACUGGACAGAACACAUCAAGUACUGGUAUACAACAUCAGCCCUGGGAAUACGUUUCUCAGACACAAAUAUCAACGGAGGCUGCGGAGAACGGUCCGCUGGAAUUUGUCAAUAUAGAAGAGAUUCCUGUAUCACCAAGGAACUCGUCUAUACUCGGUGACUGCCAGACGCCUCAGGCUGACAGACGCGAGGCAAACAGCGAUCUUUUACCAAUUGCUACUGGUGACUCUGGUGAGGUCACGCAACCUGACGUAGUCCAGCAACUCGGUAGUCGCGAUAGUAGUCAGCCAAGCCUGGUCGAGCAUUCAGAUGCAGACGACGAUCAGUCUCCAUUCUAUUCCCAAUAUCCAAUCCCUGAUUUCGCGCAACAAGCACAUUCACCGAGAUUAGCUUCCGAGCCAGAUUAUCGCAUCGCCAGGUGUAGUUCGCAUCAACCUGUAGGUGUUAGUACGACGCUAGAAGCCCAAAACAGCCAAGCGCUGCUCGCUGGACCAGGUGCUCCAAACAAGACCACCUCAGAUCCGGCUUACAACCCGCCACACGAACUAGUAGCAUUGCCAUUGAACAGUCAGGUCUGCGACAACAAUUUGUCCAAACAAUCAGUGAUAUCGAAACCUGUCCGCAGCCUGUCGCCUGCAUCGGAAGCAGACCCGGGACCAAGUUAUUGUUUAGAGGAGCGCGAGCAGAACGCGCAAGUCGUGUCUUUAGAGCCUAUCCUAAGUACACAAGAGGACACGGUUGACGAUAUCCGAAAUACUAUCGAGAAGGAUUACGCCGAUGAUAGGGCGAACUCAGAAUCACGCCACGACUCUUCCCAAGAAUCACCAGAACGACCAUCUCAGCCCUUGGAUCACAGUUCAUCUCCAGUCCCAUAUCCACCAAGCCACUCGGUGAGAACGCAAGAGCCACAAAUUCCCCCAAGGCCCUACACUCCCGUUCCAACAUCAUCUACAUCCAGCAUGGCGGGUGAAAGCACCGCGGACAUUGUCAAGCGACAGUUGGAAGAGGCCUUGGCUAAGCAAAUGGCCGAGAGUCCUUUCGUCCCAAGGAAACGAGCCAACAGAUCAUCUACUGGGGCAUCUCUCUCAGUAGCUGAGGUUUCAGCCACUCCGCCUAAGGCGAGCAGAUUGCUAAGGACAGCCGAACAAGAAGGCACACGAUCUCCCUCGGCUGUGCCAGACCGCUCGCCAGCCAUGCAGGUACCCACCUCGCUAAGGACGGUUGCAUAUGCUCCUAGUGUACCCCAAGCGGCGUCCCCACAGAAUGAAACCAUGGCCUCAACAUCGGGUGCUCAUUCAGAAACCGCUGAUGCUGAUGCUGAUGCUGAAGCUGCGGCAGCCACCGAGUCCGCGGCACCAGAUGUACACCCGUCUGGAGGCUCCGAAGACAUGGACGUUAGCGAUGCAGAUGACGAGGACAGUGAGAGCCUAUUGAACGACGAUCUGCAGCUUGCAGAGCAAGAGUUCAUUGUACCCUUGUUUAUCCAAGGACGACAAAGUGACAUGUACUCUCAGCAUAUUGCGCUCAAGAAGGACAUUUUGGAAAAAUUUCUUGAGGACCCCCACAGCGUGGAGCCAAUCUCGCAAGUGGAAGAGAUUCUGACAUACCUCCGCGCAAUAGAAACACACAUCGACUUGGUCUUUGCUGAAGCUGGGUCUGGGCUCUUGAACGAUGAAAUGUCGAUGACGCAAGCUGCACAUGCCGCCCAAUUUGGUAUGGAAAACUCGACGAAAUUCAGGUUUUUGCAUAAGCUGUUCCAUCAUUUACGGGAUUCCGACAUCCAAAAGCACGUCGUGUUGGUCACUGAGAAGGACGAUGAUGCACUCUUCAACAUUCUUGAAACCUUUUGCGAGGCGAAGAACAUCAAUUACAACAUGCUCACCAGAGGUCACUGGACGGAUCCGACAGAGGUGGAGGGAGAGUUGCAAGUCACCAUCAUCCCGAGCAAUGCAUCUUCCGUGAUGCGCCCUGCUGAUCUCAUCAUCUGUCUCGAUGGCUUCCAAGAUGCGACACAGAUCCGCAAGAAGAAUUGGGCCAGGUAUCCCGAACGCGAGGUUGUACCAGUAAUCCAUCUUGUCAUUCCUAGGACUGUUGGACACAUUGAGCGCUACAUCGCACCGAGUCUGGGCCCAGUAGAGCGUAUGCAUACUAUUUUGGCAAGUUUAGCGCACGUUCGCCCAGACAUUGGUAAGGCUAUUGAUGAAGACACACCACGGGACAUCGUUUGUGCAUCCUUGGUUGCUGAAUGGCUCAUGGACACAACAGAGGGCGCAGAACAAAGCUGGCCAAUACCAUCUAUCGGUAGUAUCAAGGAUGUUAUCGAGUACCAGACGCAACUAUCACAGCCCUUGGCGAACUCUCCAGUGCCUGAACGUAUCAAGCGGCCUUUGUUGGACAAAGAAGAGCUUGAUCCUUCGAAGCGGAUGCGGUUCACUCCUCAGCCACAACCACUUCAAAGCUCUGGUUCAGAUCAGAACAAUGAGACCACGCGUAUCAGCGACUCCAUGCCUAGCGCUGCAGCAUAUGAAUCAAAUCUGCAGAAACGUCUAGCUCAACUGGAGGAAAUGUACCAUACUGAGCGUGAAGCGCGCAGAGCAGAAGAGAGACGCUUCCGCGAACACGAGGAAAUAUGGGACAAGCAACAGACAGUCCACGAGAACCUGGCGCGCGAGUACCGACUCUUGCUAGGCAAGCAGCAAGCAGCAGAGAAGAAGCUUGAAACCCUACAACAUAGCAACACUAUACUCACCGAACGCCUUACCACCCGCACCUCUGAGCUGCGUGAGCUCGAGAAACAACUCGAAGAACAGCGCGCAGCGCACCUCCUCUCUCCCGACGCUCAAAUCGUCGAAAUAACCAAACUCCGCAAAGACCUCACCACAACCCACCAGGAAAAAGAAAAAGCAAUCAAAAACGCCGCCACAACCGACAACAUGCUCGAAUACACGCGCACUGCAUAUCAAGACGCGCAAAAAGCAGCCGCAACAGCAAACACGCGUAUCGCUGACCUCGAAGCCCAAGUCGCUAAACUCACCCAUGCUGCUUCAGGCCAAGCCGUUAAACUCAAAACUAUGCAUCUCGACCGCAAUUACGAGGCCCAAGAUCGCAAUAUCAAGGCGUUGAAGGCGGAGUUGGGCAUUGUUAUGAAGGCCCUGCAGAAUAAAGAGGAAGAGAUUACAAGACUGAAGAGUAUGGGGAGGCCCGGUGUAGGGACGAGAGGCACGAGUGCGACGCCUCAGCCUAAGAUACGGUCGAGAGCUGGGAGUCCGAGUUUGGCGGGGGGUAGGUUGUCGAAUUUGAGGAAUGGGUGAUUGAUGAAGGAAUGUUUUUGGGGGGUUGGGUAGUGGAAGUGGUUGAUUUGGUAGGGAUUUUAGAGGAAAGGAAGCAGGAGCUCCAGGAUCAUGAUGUAUAUGCUAGAGUUAGAGAAUUAUUAUUUUGUUCUUGUGGUUGACU